AUGGUCACCACUCACAUUCUGAACGACCCGGAUGCUCUAAUCGGGACCUUCUUCCACCUGACGAACUACCCAAAUGCUUCCUUCGCUAUCCAAACCCUCCAAAGGGUCGCGUCGCUCGUCAAACCCAUUAUGCGUCGCCACUCCUUCCGAAUCGCAAAACUCGCAGAGUUCUACCCAGAAAUGGAAACGAAUCUUCUCGGUCUGAACACUUCAUUUCCCGGAACAUCGAAUCUCCCUAUCAUUCAGUUAAGAUUACGACAACCACGUGAUCCUCGGAUUUUCUUACCAUAUGAAAGUAUAGUGCAGACUAUGUUGCAUGAGCUUACACAUUGUGUUCAUGGGCCUCAUGAUGAUAAGUUUUGGAAGAUGUUUCGGUCCUUGCAAGGGGAGCUUGAGACCUUGAAGUAUACGGGGUAUACUGGAGAAGGGUUUAUGGGCAAGGGAGAGGCGUUAGGUGACGUUCCCAAGGGGCUCAGUAACCAUGAAGCCAAGAAGAAAGCGAGAGAAGCAGCUGAGAAGAGGAGAAAAACUGUUCAAGGAAGAGGGAGGAUACUCGGAUCAGGUUCUUUGGGGCCUAUUAAAUGGUUGAUUGAGGAUCGUCCCGGAGGUUCAUCAACCUUGAAGCCAAAGGACGGAGCUGGGAAGAACAGGAGUGGAGCUGGGUCUGCCCCUCCAAUCAAUAAUGCCCCAUCGCCCUACGCUACACCCCAAGGAACGGCCGCAGAAGCCGCACUUAAGAGGCAAUGGGAAAAGGAGAGAGAAAAGGAUAAACGACGUGUCUCGGGACCAGUUAGAGAAAUACAACCACCUUCACGCCCACAAGAAGGACUAUGCUCCGGCGUCCGACAUUCAACGGCUGAAGCCAUCGAGCGAGAGAUCGCACAAAUGCAUGGAUUCGAAAGUGUCGCACAUAUGGAAAAUGCGAACGAGCGGGCUAUCAUGCUUGCAGCAAUCGAGCUUCUGGAAGAAGCCGACCGAGAGGAGGAGAAAAUCAAGGCAAGGGAGCGAGAACAGCAAAAUCAGUCGCAACCUUCGUCAUCAUCACAUGGGCCCCGUGAGGUCAUAGAUCUCACGGGUUCUAUCACACCAAGAAAUAUCCAAAGAACACAAUCAGCGCCAGUUCUCCCAGGCCAUUCUGUAUCAACUGUUCCUAUCGUCUCACCAGGCUGGAGCUGCCCGGCCUGCACCUUCCGCAACGAAGAGAGCCACUUACAAUGCUCACUGUGCAGAGUUGAACGUAACACGAAAUUGCACGAUGACAGUGAAACGAGGGCACAGAUAAUCGCGCUCAGGGACUUCGAGAGGCGUAAGGCAGAAAGAACUCAAACCUUCAACGCUGGAAAGGGGAAGGGUGUGGAUAGAUCUAUGCCACAGUCAACUCCAACGCCUUCAGGAUCUAGUGGUGGCGGUUCUGGAACGCUUAGAAGGGAUAUCACUAUCCAUGGUCUCCCAACUUGGAAGUGCCACUCCUGCGGUUGGUUUGUCAGGCAAGAGUGGUGGACUUGUAGCAAUUGUGGGACCAUGAAACUAGAGCCCUAG